UGUCAGUCUCUACGCUACUCGGCGCUGAUUGGCUAUCCGGCCGCCGCUCUGCGCGGCGCCGGCCCCGCCCCCGUCGGGUGUUUGUGGUGGGGCUGCGGAGUCGCGGAUCCCGCCGGAAGCGCCAGGACAAUGGGGACCCGGGACGACGAAUACGACUACCUAUUCAAAGUGGUGCUCAUCGGGGACUCGGGUGUGGGGAAGAGCAACCUGCUGUCCCGCUUCACCCGCAACGAGUUCAACCUAGAGAGCAAGAGCACCAUUGGCGUGGAGUUUGCCACCCGCAGCAUCCAGGUGGAUGGCAAGACCAUCAAGGCCCAGAUCUGGGACACCGCUGGCCAGGAGCGCUACCGCGCCAUCACCUCCGCGUACUACCGCGGUGCCGUGGGUGCGCUGCUGGUAUAUGACAUUGCCAAGCACCUGACAUACGAGAACGUGGAGCGCUGGCUGAAGGAGCUGCGGGACCACGCUGACAGCAACAUUGUCAUCAUGCUGGUGGGCAACAAGAGCGACCUGCGCCACCUGCGGGCCGUACCCACUGACGAGGCCCGUGCCUUCGCAGAGAAGAACAACUUGUCCUUCAUCGAGACCUCAGCCUUGGACUCCACCAACGUAGAGGAAGCUUUCAAGAACAUUCUCACAGAGAUCUACCGCAUCGUGUCACAGAAGCAGAUUGCAGACCGCGCGGCCCAUGACGAGUCCCCUGGCAACAACGUGGUGGACAUCAGCGUGCCGCCCACUACCGACGGACAGAAGCCAAGCAAGCUGCAGUGCUGCCAGAACCUGUGACCGCCCCGUGCCUCGUCCAAGCAGAGAGAGAGAGGAAGGGAAAGAGAAACAUCGACUUCUUUUCCACUCACCCAUGCAUCCAUUGGUUGACUCCUGUGUUUGCCCUGACCGGGGAUGGAACCUGCAGCCUUGGCGUAUCGGGAUGAUGCUCUAACCAGCUGAGCUACCUGGCCAGGAUCCCUGGUUCUUUGGAUUGGAAAUGGUAUUUAAAGACCACAUGCUUAAGGAAGUACUCAUUGCAAUGAGAUCUUUGUUUUUUACCAUUUCAGUGGACAAAACUAAGAAAUGUUUGCUUUUAUAAAAAUAAAAUACUUCAUAAUACUCCAAAUUCAAAUUCAAGACUACAGGGGUUUUAU